CGCGUCGCUUUUCCAGAUAAACAAAACCGUAAUCAACACUCGCGCGUUCGCCCGUCUUCUGUUUUUCUUGUCGUAAUUUUUUCUCUCCAUCAACAAAUUGUUUACAUAUAGUUCCUUUUUUUUUUUUUUUUGCCUUCGAAUUUCUUGCACGUCAUUGCGCUCCGGUGGCAGUGCGGCGUAUUCUUUUUUCCUCGGGCGUUGCUCCGACGUCCACCUCUGAUCGUCCGUCACGCCGUGUGUGCCCGUUUGCAGUGUGCGCGAUCCCCGUUAUCCGGGGGAGAACUGAUGUGUUGAACUGCGACCGACGGCUGACUCUUCGCAAGAAACAAAUUAUACCGAUCGAGGACCAGUAAUCUCGUAACGUAGGUAUCGCGUGCACGACGAGCCGUUUGUUUGCGUUUGAUUUUUCCGUGCACCCGUACGUAGUCAUUGCCAGUGUACAGUCAUCGUUAAACAUUUGAUUAACAAUCGCUUUUACACCGGCCUCCUGUUUUUCCGUUCGUUUCUCGUCUCGCGUAGCAUGCCAUCAACAGUUCUUCUCGACUAACCGUGUUCGCGUGACGCUCGCACGAUGCCGGGGUCUACAGAUUCCGAGAAACAUCUAAGAAUGAAAAAGCGUAGUUUAGCUGGAAAUGUAGCCCUUGGCUUUUACGUAUUGGCUUUAGUGUUUGUGUUUACUGCAUUUUUCUCAACCAGUUGGUUAGUCAGUGAUGGAAGAAUCACAGGUGCAAAAUUAGAAAGUUUUGGGCUAUGGACGCAUUGCUUUCGUUCACUACCCGAUCCCAACGAUCCAGCGGAACGAAGAUUUUUUGUUGGUUGUCAUUGGAUUUUCGACCCUUUCACCAAGGGAUACGAUGAAAUUAAAGGAUUUUUAUUACCAUUUCAUGUAGUGGCUACUCAGUUCUUCUAUACAAUCACAUUCCUUGGGACAUUGUUGUCUGCUGUUGGAUCAUCAAUGUUUCUUCUGUGCUGUACGCCUGAAGAAAAACGUUUCAUUCAAAUAACUUUUGUGUUGGGAAUAACAUUGAUUGUAUCUGGUGUAUCUGCUGCAAUUGCUGUAUUAAUAUUUGCUUUGUUUGCCAACCAACCUCGAUGGAUGCCUGGCCAUGAUAACAACUUUUUCGGUUGGGCAUUUGGUGUGGCUAUUGCAAGUUUCUUUGCUUUACUAGCAUCUGGAGCAUUUUACUUGGUAGAAACUAACAUUCAAGUGAAGAAAAGAAAAUAUUUAAAAGAAUCUCAAACUAAAUUUGAUAUGGAGACAAAAACAUAAACAUUUUAUUUUAUUUUAAAAACAAUAAUAAUAAUGAAUCCCGUUUUAAAUCAUAAUUCUUUCAA